GGAAGAAAUGUCAAAACUUGACAACAGAUGCGGAUUACCCUUGAUAGCAGUUUGUAACGAAGGAUGGGAAACUUAAUAACAAAAUUCUUCACAAGAACAAGCUGGUAUAAAGUACAGAAUGGAACUACAGAUAAUGCAAAAUUGAGGAUCGGGCAGCCUCUUCUUAAUGAAAAUGACAAGGACUUGCUUGAAUUAAAAUCAAAGGGCAGUAACUGUAAAAACUUCAUUGAAGAAGGAACAUCUGUUGAUGGAGUUAUCUUUUCCUGGCUAGAGAUACAGCUUUUGGAAAAGAUCAUUGCUGAUGUGAAGAGCGGGAAUUAUCAGAAAGCUGGAAAAAAUGUUGAUAUCUUACAUGGUAUAAAUGGUUACUGGAAAGGCACUGGUGUGUACCAGAAAAUACCCAUAGAAGAAGGUAAAGAAGAUGUGCCAAAGAUAGACAGAGAAAAGGAGGAGGAUGCUAAUUCAGAUGACAGCAAAUCUGAACUGUUAGAAAGUUCUGAUAAAACUGAUGAUAAAGAACAAAGCUCUUGUACGGUUGCAGAUAAUCUUACUGCAAGUACUAGUAAUAGUUCAUCUGUUUUACAAGAUGGACUUAGCAGUACAAUUGAUGAUGAGUAUGCCACAGAAAGAGUUGAAGCCUUUGAAAAGACAAUUAAAAAGACAGUAACUUGGAACACAACUGCAGAAGAAAAUGCCAUCAAUGAGAACAAAGCAGAAAAACUGCAAGUCUCAAGCCUGCAAAGUGAACAUGAUGGUUCUGGAGAAUCCUGCAGGCCUCAUGAUUUAUUUCUGGAUUUGGACAAUAAUAAAGACAUCGAAGAAGAUAGUCUUGAAGAAGAUGAUGAUAAUGCAGAUGAAACCAGUCCUAAGGGGUUGUUUAAAUCUGGCAAAGCAGGGGCUAGUUGGGAGGUUGAAUUGGGCAAUGAAAGGUCAAGAAUUGCAGUUGCAAGAUCAGGGCUAGAUGGUAAAUUGAAUAAAAGACUGCAGGCAUUAACCCAGGCCAGAUCACAGAAUUCAGGAGAGCGAUACAUUCCACCAAGGGUUUUGGUGUCUGCGAACCAGAUAGCCCAGAGAAAGGUUCUUGAUUUAAAGAGAUGGUAUUGCAUGAGUAGGCCACAAUACAAGACCUCCUGCGGGAUCUCCUCCUUAGUGUCAUGUUGGAACUACCUGUUCAGCACACUUGGACAUGGCAAUUUGCACCCCAUCACCCAGGAAGAGGCACUAACAACUCUUACUUUCCGCCCACCAUUUAGCGACAUCAGAUUUGGGCCAUUCACUGGGAAUGGAACACUCAUCAGAUGGUUUCGUCACCUGAACGACCAUUUUAAAGUGCGUGGCCGUUGUUUCUACGUAUACAAGCCCCAUGGAAAGAAUCGAACAGAAAACGUGACAGCAGAAGAUGCUCUUGCUGCCAUGAAGAAGGGCCUCCAGGACCAGAAUACAACCUUCAUCUACCAUUGCCAGAACCACUACUUUUCUCCUAUUGGCUAUGAGGAUGUGCCUCUGUCACCCACUGAGGCCUACGCAAGCAGUGUGGAGGAUUCUGACACAUGGAUUCUUAUUGGAGAUCCCAGCAGAAAACACCCCAGUGUUCACUGUAAAAGAUGGGAGGAUAUAGUUGCAGACCUCAACUGUCAGAACCCGGAGUAUCUGGAUAUAAGGAGACUUGACAAGGGCAUACAGAAGAGAAACACUAAGAAGAAAGGAGGAAACCUGCACUGUAUCAUAGGGUUUCAAAGAAGUCCGUUUCUGAGCACAAGGAGGACCAACAUCCCAAUGCUUACCAGUCGUACGCUGAGCCCAAACAGGGGUUGUAGCCAUGAAGCUCGGACACUGAGCCCAGGGAGGGUACACGACCAUGUGCGAGUGGAGAGAACUGUUAGCCCUGUGAGGAAAUCACCCACAUCACCUGGCCCUCAUUCUUUGGCUGAUAAGCCAGCUGAUGUUGAAAUGAGGUAUGAGUUGUUCCUUCCUAACGAUGAAGAGGAUGACGAAGGAAUGUGUGAUGAUAGCACGACCUGUUCAGAAGGCAGCAUGUUGUUAUAAGAUUGAAUUGGGCUGUCUGUACAUGUCCAGGUUGUCCGAUUGCUUGAUUUCCUAGAUAACAAAUAUUGUGUUUGUUAUUACGAUGGGGUAUCAUUGUUACGAGUGACUAACAAACCCACAUAAUGGAAGGCCACACAUUAUUAUGUUAUAAUGGAAUGCUGAUUUUUUGCUUCCUUUAGGUUUGAAUACAUUAUGUUUAAAUGUUUUAUCAUAUUAUAGAACUAUCCUUCAAGCGGCUACUAUUUUCAAAUUUAUGUUGCGUUUUACAAUUUUUGGAGUAGAGUUAUUUGUUUUUGUCUAUUGAAAUGACCAAUGACCGUAGCCUAGUGAUUAGGGUGUCUGCAUAGGGAGCUGGAAGUCUAGGGUUCAAGCCACAGCACCUAGUUAAAUAAUGGCUAUCGAUUGCCUUCCUGCCUGGCGCCCAGCAUAUAGGAUAAGAAGCGGGAGUAAAGAUGUUUAUUAAUCAAGGUGUCUCAUAAGUCCAGCCGACUGACCCUUAACUGAGAGGGGUGACACGGUCAUAAAACAAACAUGUUGCUGUACAUAAACACUUGUGACUAUGAAUGUGAAGCAUAUCAUUAAUUGAGAAGCAUCAAUUUAAAAAAUAAAGGCCUCAUAUAUAAUAGUAGAUGCACAUUGUGUGCAAGAAAGCUUUUUUAUUCUAAGGCGUGUAAGUGACUUCUGGUUAUAACUGGUUUUCAUCUUUCGAAAAGAUUCGACAACUACGCUUCAUCUGUUUUCUGCUUAAAAAAGUUGUUAACAGUGUAAGAUUAAUUAUAAUUGACACUUUAUGCACCAUUUCUAAAUAUUGUUACCCCCCCCCCCCCCAAUCACCAACACUUUUAACAAAAUCAAUUUAGAUUCUAAGGGAUGGGCGCAAGUCAAAGGAUACGCCCCCUAAGUAACGCCCUCUCUAACAACAAAUCCUGUUCCAGCCCCUGGAUCUCCUGUAGAUAGGGACACGUUCAUAUUUCAUUGAGUCAGACUUUUCACUCUGUGCAGUUCUCAUUUAAUGUCUGUAACGCCUUGCUCCUUAUGACUUUGUGCAUCUCUCGUUCAGUGUCUGUAAGGCCUUGGUCCUUGUGACGUUGUGCAUCUCUCUUUCAGUGUCUGUAAGGCAUUGAUCCUUGUGAAGUUGUCCAUCUCUCGUUCAGUGUCUGUAAGGUCUUCUUGCUCCUUGUGACGUCAUGCAUCUCUCUUUCAGUGUCUGUAAGGCCAUGCUCCUUGUGACAUCGUGCAUCUCUCGUUCAGUGUCUGUAAGGCCUUGAUCCUUGUGACGUCGUGUAUCUCUAUUUCAGUGUCUGUAAGGCCUUGUGACGUCGUGAAUAUCUCUUUCAGUGUCUGUAAGUCCUUGUGACGUCGUGCAUCUCUCUUUCAGUGUCUGUAAGGCCUUGCUCCUUGUGACGUCGUGCAUCUCUCGUUCAGUGUCUGUUAGGCCUUGCUCCUUGUGAAGUCGUGCAUCUCUUGUUCAGUGUCCGUAAGGCCUUGAUCCUUGUGACGUCGUGUAUCUCUAUUUCAGUGUCUGUAAGGCCUUGUGACGUCGUGCAUAUCUCUUUCAGUGUCUGUAAGGCCUUGCUCCUUGUGACGUCGUGCAUCUCUCUUUCAGUGUCUGUAAGGCCUUGCUACUUGUGACGUUGUGAAUCUCUUGUUCAAUGUCUGUAAGGCCUUAAUCCUUGUGACGUCGCGUAACUCUUUCAGUGUAUGUAAGGCCUUGCUCCUUGUGACGUCGUGAAUCUCUCGUUCAGUGUCUGUUAGGCCUUGCUCCUUGUGACGUCGUGCAUCUCUUGUUCAGUGUCCGUAAGGCCUUGCUCCUUGUGACGUAGUGCAUCUCUCGUUCAGUGUCUGUAAGGCCUUAAUCCUUGUGACUUCGUGCAUCUCUAUUUCAGUGUCUGUAAUGCAUUGAUCCUUUUGACGUUGUGCAUCUCUUGUUCAGUGUCUGUAAGGCCUUGAUCCCUGUGACGUCGUGCAUCUCUCUUUCAGUGUCUGUAAGGCCUUAAUCCUUGUGACGUGCAUACCUCAUUCAGUGUCUGUAAGGCCUUUAUCUUGUGACGUCGUGCAUCUCUCUUUCAGUGUCUGUAAGGCCUUGCUCCUUGUGACGAUGUGCAUCUCUUGUUCAGUGUCUGCAAGGCCUUGAUCCUUGUGACGUUUUGCAUAUCUCUUUCAGUGUCUGUACGGCCUUGAUCCUUGUGAUGUCGUGCAUCUCUCGUUCAGUGUAUGUAAGGCCUUGCACCUUGUGACGUCGAGCAUCUCUCGUUCAGUGUAUGUAAGGCCUUGCUCCUUGUGACGUUGUUCAUCUCUCUUUCAGUGUCUGUAAGGCAUUGAUCCUUGUGACGUUGUGCAUCUCUCUUUCAGUGUCUGUAAGGCCUUGAUCUUUUUGACGUCGUGCAUAUCUAGUUCCGUGUCUGUAAGUCCUUGAUCAUUGUGACGUCGUGCAUCUCUCAUUCAGUGUCUGUAAGGCCUUGAUCCUUGUGACGUCGUGUAUCUCUAUUUCAGUGUCUGUAAGGCCUUGUGACGUCGUGAAUAUCUCUUUCAGUGUCUGUAAGUCCUUGUGACGUCGUGCAUCUCUCUUUCAGUGUCUAUAAGGCCUUGCUCCUUGUGACGUCGUGCAUCUCUCGUUCAAUGUCUGUUAGGCCUUGCUCCUUGUGAAGUCGUGCAUCUCUUGUUCAGUGUCCGUAAGGCCUUGAUCCUUGUGACGUCGUGUAUCUCUAUUUCAGUGUCUGUAAGGCCUUGUGACGUCGUGCAUAUCUCUUUCAGUGUCUGUAAGGCCUUGCUCCUUGUGACGUCGUGCAUCUCUCUUUCAGUGUCUGUAAGGCCUUGCUACUUGUGACGUUGUGAAUCUCUUGUUCAAUGUCUGUAAGGCCUUAAUCCUUGUGACGUCGCGUAACUCUUUCAGUGUAUGUAAGGCCUUGCUCCUUGUGACGUCGUGAAUCUCUCGUUCAGUGUCUGUUAGGCCUUGCUCCUUGUGACGUCGUGCAUCUCUUGUUCAGUGUCUGUAAGGCCUUGCUCCUUGUGACGUAGUGCAUCUCUCGUUCAGUGUCUGUAAGGCCUUAAUCCUUGUGACGUCGUGCAUCUCUAUUUCAGUGUCUGUAAUGCAUUGAUCCUUUUGACGUUGUGCAUCUCUUGUUCAGUGUCUGUAAGGCCUUGAUCCCUGUGACGUCGUGCAUCUCUCUUUCAGUGUCUGUAAGGCCUUAAUCCUUGUGACGUGCAUACCUCAUUCAGUGUCUGUAAGGCCUUUAUCUUGUGACGUCGUGCAUCUCUCUUUCAGUGUCUGUAAGGCCUUGGUCCUUGUGACGAUGUGCAUCUCUUGUUCAGUGUCUGCAAGGCCUUGAUCCUUGUGACGUUUUGCAUAUCUCUUUCAGUGUCUGUAAGGCCUUGAUCCUUGUGAUGUCGUGCAUCUCUCGUUCAGUGUAUGUAAGGCCUUGCACCUUGUGACGUCGAGCAUCUCUCGUUCAGUGUAUGUAAGGCCUUGCUCCUUGUGACGUUGUUCAUCCAUCUUUCAGUGUCUGUAAGGCAUUGAUCCUUGUGACGUUGUGCAUCUCUCUUUCAGUGUCUGUAAGGCCUUGAUCUUUUUGACGUCGUGCAUAUCUAGUUCCGUGUCUGUAAGUCCUUGAUCAUUGUGACGUCGUGCAUCUCUCAUUCAGUGUCUGUAAGGCCUUGAUCCUUGUGACGUCGUGCAUCUCUCUUUCAGUGUCUGUAAGGCCUUGAUCAUUGUGACGCUGUGCAUCUCUCUUUCAGUGUCUGUAAGGCCUUGAUCCUUGUGACGUUGUGCAUACCUCAUUCAGUGUCUGUAAGGCCUUUAUCCUUGUGACGUCGUGCAUCUCUUGUUCAGUGUCUGUAAGGCCUUGCUCCUUGUGACGCUGUGCAUCUCUUGUUCAGUGUCUGUAAGGCCUUGAUCCUUGUGACGUCGUGCAUAUCUCUCAGUGUAUGUAAGGCCUUGAUCCUUGUGACGUCUUGCAUCUCUCUUUAAGUGUCUGUAAGGCCUUGCACCUUGUGACGUCUCGCAUCUCUCGUUCAGUGUAAGUAAGGCCUUGCUCCUUGUGACUUCGUUCAUCUCUCUUUCAGUGUCUUUAAGGCAUUGAUCCUUGUGACGUUGUGCAUUUCUAUUUCAGUGCCUGUAAGGCCUUGAUCCUUGUGACGUCGUACAUCUCUUAUUCAGUGUAUGUAAGGCCUUGCUCCUUGUGAUGUCGUUCAUCUCUCUCUCAAUGUCUGUAAGGCCUUGAUCCUUGUGACGUCGUGCAUCUCUCUUUCAGUGUAUGUAAGGCCUUGCUCCUUGUGACGUCGUGCAUCUCUGUUUCAGUGUAUGUAAGGCCUUGAUCCUUGUGACGUUUUGCAUCUCUCAUUCAGUGUCUGUAAGGCCUUGAUCCUUGUGACGUCGUGCAUCUCUCUUUCAGUGUAUGUAAGGCCUUGAUCCUUGUGACGUCGUGCAUCUCUCAUUCAGUGUCUGUAAGACCUUGCUCCUUGUGACGUCGUUCAUCUCUCGUUCAAUGUCCGUAAGGCCUUGAUCGUUGUGACGUCGUGCAUCUCUCAUUCAGUGUCUGUAAGGCCUUGAUCCUUUUCACGUCGUGCAUCUCUGUUUCAGUGUAUGUAAGGCCUUGAUCCUUGUGACGUCGUGCAUCUCUGUUUCAGUGUAUGUAAGGCCUUGCACCUUGUGACGUCGUGCAUCUCUUUCAGUGUAUAUAAGGCCUUGCUCCUUGUGACGUCGUGCAUCUCUCUUUCAGUGUAUGUAAGGUCUUGUUCCUUGUGACGUUGUGCAUAUCUCAUUCAGUGUCUGUAAGGCCUUGAUCCUUGUGACGUCGGGCAUCUCUGUUUUGUGUCUGCAAGGCCUCGAUUCUUUGUCAUAUUGUGCAUCUCUUUCAGUGUCUAUAAGGCCUGGAUCUUUGUGAUGUUGUGCAUGUCUCAUUCAGCCUUUGAACAGGAUUAUGAUUCAAUUUCAGGCUGCUGAACUUUUACAUGUAGUUUGCAGUGCAUACUCAUACAUUUUCAUGACCGAGUUAUUGUCGAUUUUACAUUCUCUUCUUAUUGAGGUCAUCCCUAUUAUUUCUCAAUUGAUGGAACCUGUUUUUGCUUGGGUCCCAAAUUUUCCAAUAUCAUCAUGUCCCUUAUAGCAGGAUCAAGUAAAUCUCACUGUUUUGAUUAAUUACAACUGCACGUAGUGUUUUUCUUUCGUUUUGAAGUUUUGAGACUUUGGAGGAUUUUAUAAACGAUAAUCAUGACGUGUUAUGUUUGGUUUACAAAUGCAAGAUUUAGCAAAUUACUUGGCUGAUUGAAAAAUUAUACUUUAACCUGUUAGAUACUCAUUUCGAGAUACUUAAUUUUUAUUUAUUUGGAGAAAUUGGAGUAAAACAUCAUGUUCUGAUAAAUCAAAUAUAUUUAAAAAAAAAUUGCAUGUUGUUGAAUUUGUUUACUUUAAUAUUAUAUUGAAAACAUUGACCAGGAGUCACUUGAACCUUUUGUAUCACUUGUUGUGAGGCUGUAGGCUGUAGGCCUUCAAAUUUUAGUAUUGCAAAUUGAAAUCAGGUAUCGGUAGAUCUUCUUUUUAACAUGACAUAUUAAAUUAAUUAAUACGCUGGGGUUACAAAAUAGGACGAAAGGUGUUAUGUGGUUUAAAAAAGUGCGAAUUAAACUUUAGUUAAUACGUUCAUAAGAUUGCAAUGUUAAAGUGAAUUUGAAAGCGAGCGGAAUAAUCUUAGAUAAAUCUUGGUGAGUAAUCGAGGCGAAUAGAUUAUUAUAGAUAAUUACGCAUGAAAUAGAAAUGUGUUUUCCAACAGACGCUGUCUUACUAUGCCUACUACAAAUAGUCAAAAUGUCACAAGCCAAAAGGCUUUCAUUUGAUUAACUUUACACUAGCAAUUACCUUGUGAGAUGGAAGCAAUGUUCAUAUGCCCAAGUACAUAAAGACUUCUCGUUUUUACUGUUAUGAAACUAACUAAUUGAAUUAAAAAAUCAUCAGUUUACAUUAACUGUUCUUAGGUUAUGACAGGCACUUAUCGGUUACAGUUUAGGGCCAUGAAUAACAUCUUUUGGAAUCGAUUUUUAUUGCAUGUGAACAGAAAUGUUAAAAUAGUAUAAUUAGGCCUGUCGCGCCUGCAAACUUUCAGCAAUUCUAUCUCUACAGUCGAAUCCCGUUGGCUCGAACUCACAGGGACCGGCGAAAAUACAUCGAGCCUAAGAAAAUUCGAGCCAAGUCUUCAGUUUAAAGAAAUCGGUCCUUUAUACACAGUUCGAGCCAACGAGGAAUUCGAGACAAACGAGCUCGAGCCAACGGGGUUCGACUGUAUUUAUAUGUGGUGUGGGCAAAACAAUGCAUUGAACUUUGUUGUUUCUUAAACAGAAAUACGACGCCAUCAUUUUAAUUAUAAAUAUAUGUAUUUAUUUGAUUUGUAUACGUUUAUUCUUCUUAAUAUAUUUUGUUGAAACACUAUUAUAUUUAAAAUAAAAUGGUGAAAGUGUC